AUGGAUCUCAAGCAAGUGGAUAAUGUAAUGAAGGAGUCUGAAGGCGGAUUGGCAGAGAAGAGGGGCAGCAUCAUCAUCUCUGGCACAGAAGAAGAUGGAAGUCACCAUGAAAUCGAUUCAACCACUGCACUUCAGCUAUUUCUCGAUCACAUCCCCAUCAGUUCUAUCCCUGGCAUCAGCAAUUCCCCUGGUACCAUCAUUCCUCUCUCCCGCCAUUUCAAAUGUAACCAUGGAAUUGGAUUUCUUCUACCCUCACAAUCUAAUUACCAGUGCAUAUGGCUUACCGAUGAAAAAUCUCAAUCUAUUCACUCUUCUUGGAUAGUUUUGGAGUUGAAUCUCAAUGACUGCUUGCAAGAUGCAAUCCCUUUUCUGUAUGAAAGGAACGUAUCUGGUGCCCCAAUCACAGAUGUCUCGGACUCUGGAGAUCAGAAAUUUUUGGAGCGCAAUAUCGGUUUCAUUGAUUUUUAUAGCAUGGUUCUAUGGUCUAUUGAGGUAUAUAUCCAGUUCCCUUUCCAUCCUACUAUGAAUGUGAUAAAGCCAAUGCAGAAUCAAAAGACAGCAAUUGCAGUGGGUUUUUCUCCAUGCUUGAACAAAUCUCUCAUAUUGGAAGAACUAAGAUUUGGAAAACGAGCUGUUUUUAUUUUAAUAUUUUCUGGAAAAUACCACACUAUGGUUCUACAUCCAUACUUAAUCGGUCCAAUAUAUACCAUCUUAACUGUUGAUCCUCACGAUCUUGAGCAGAUGGGAGAAUUGGCCAAGUCAUUUAUGUGGAAUCCUUUCUUCCCUGUGCAUUCAGAUGACACCCUCUUUCAUGUCCUGUUACUCUUUGUGAAGCAUCCGUUGAAAGUCAUCUCCGUCAUGGACCAGAAAGCCUCACUUGUCACCGGCUUCCUCACAAUGGUACUCCCCAUAGUCAAGGAUUUACUAGAUCCUUUCAACAUGACUAGAAGUGUAGUGGGUGCAUACAUCCAUGUUGACUGGUAUUGUGAACAGCUUGUGGAAAAUCGAAUUGAUGUAGUUCCGGUGGUGGACAUGAAAACUAAAACUCUGAUAGGAAAUGUGAGGAAUUAUGACAUCCACUUUCUACUGGAUGACGAUGAUCUCUUCAUCAACAGAAAGAGUCUGACGGUUGAAGAAUUCAUCAAUUUGGAUGCCAGAAGAAACAACCAGAGCUCAGACCCGACAACUGAAGGAGAUCUUGGAGCUCUUCUCUCAGCUGGAAUUCUCUGUCUGAAAAGCAAAUUUCUCCAGAGAAUGGACCCAGUAACCAACCGGAUGACUGACACCCUCAAGAAAGCAAUGGAAAACCUGAUGGCAACAAAAAACAGUUGCAGUUUCAUAGUUGACGAGUCUAAGCACGUGACUGGUGUUGUGACAUUAAGAGACAUAAUCAUGCAGUUUUCUCCACCGUUGAUGGAUUCAAGGAUUAAUGGUGGAGGUUUCUUUGAAUCUGCACUGGAGCAGGCUGGGUGCCAUACGCAGAUCAGAUCAAUGACUGGUUAUUGCUGAUUAUAUUUCUUGUUUUACUAGGGUGAUGCAACACCAGUUUUAGAACUCUUCGUACCAAGGGCAAGGGGUUCCAUUGUGCUUAGCCUGAGACGCUUAACCCAUUUGCUGCUUGGCUCUGGGCCGAGAGCACUGCCCUGAUGAGGACUGAAAUUUGAACUCUCGGGCUGCUCAACAUGGGAAAGGACGUGUUCCACAUCAAAACUCUCAGUUCUCAAUGUGCUCAAUCCCCUGUCGUCAACAGAAGUGGCUACGGCUAAGUUGGAAAGAAGCUCUUCCUGAAUAUUGGGUGAUGCAGUUGCCACAUUUCUGAUUCUCACUUCUUUGCUCGUUGAAGCCACUGCUGCCAGAGAAUUUUCUGCAUUUUGGCCCACCAAUCCAACC